ACUGCACGACGCGGUCGGAUCCGGUGGAAUUGUCAGUUCGUCGCGACCGUCAGUCCGUGCCGCACAAGCAUCUUAAGCCAGCCGCGACUUAAGAGCGAAGCCACGCGCCGCGCCGGUUUGCAAACGCGCGCGCCGCGCGACUGAUGUUAUUAUCAGUGGCUGCUAGCUUGCGUCGAUGACAAAGUGAGACAAAGUGACACACAAACACACAGAUCGACAUCCAGCUUAACUUAAGACAAAAAUAAUAAGCGUGUUUUAAUUUUGACUUAAAUUUAUUAUUAUUCGCGUCGCGAAUAAAUCAAACAAUAAUUAUUUCAGGACGCUUUUUAUUAGGCGCCAGACACAAUGUUUCGAAAUCCAUAAAUCAAUAAUAAAUCAUUUAAAUUGCGGACGAAUUGAGUUAAUAAACUUGUUUAGUGUGUAUAUUCUACAUGACCACUGUGAGACUUGUGUGCGAUUAGCCGUUAUCAGGGCAAUGACGAACGUGAAUCGCAUACGUGUUGUUGUGCUAGGCACCGCGCGCGUUGGAAAGUCAGCUGUGACCGUCCGUUACCUAACCAAACGCUACAUCGGUGAAUAUAGUUCGACGAGUGAUUUUCUAUACAGACAUAAUGUGACAUUCGACAAUGUGACUACAGAAGUGGAAAUAUUGGACACGUCAAAAUGUGCGAAGAAUGGCUGCUUGUACGAACAUAUCCGAUGGGGUGAAGCGUUUGUGAUCGUUUACUCAGUGAGCGACAAGCACAGCUUUCACGAAGCCGCGGAGCUUCUGGGCCAGUUGGCCAAACUCAAAUUGCCAUCAUACUAUACCACUCUUUUACUGGGAAACAAAAGAGAUUUAGAUCACUCAAGGCAAAUCUGCGUUGAUGAAGGACAGGAGCUUUCCCUGCAGUACGGCUGCCAAUUCUACGAAGUAAGCGCUGCUGAAAACUUUGCUGGCGUGUCGCUGGCGUUCCAAUCUCUAUUGCGGGAAGCGCGAAGUGUCCAACUACUUAAAGCCUUGCCAAUUCGACGAAAACUCGGCGUUAACUCCGUGUCUAAGGUGCUGGGGAACAUCUUCGGGAAGAAUUCGAAAGGCGAUCGGAAGAAGCGACCAUCACUUAGUAUAUAGCCACAACUUGCAAAACUCGUGGUUAACCUAAUGUAGGCUUUAAAGAAUGACUCGAUUUUAAUCAACAAUUAAUCUAUGGUAUAAUAUCGAAAAUGUUCCUAAAAUUUAUAUACACAUGGAUUUUAUUGAUAUAAAAAUAACGAAAAAUGAAAAGUACAAAACUUCGGAAUUGUUAAAAAGUGGAACCGAAAAUUGUGAUAUUGUAUAUGGUAUAAAAUAAGUUAUAAUAUAAAUGUAAAUUUAGCCAUAAGAUAAUUCUGUUUUUCAAAAACAAUUUGCUUGUGUAAAUAUUGCAGUAGUUGCUAAUAAUUUCAUGUAAAAGCUACAAAAUUUUGAUCUCAAUUCGUAAGAUACGAUUAAGAAUAUGUAAUGAUAUCUAAUGCAAUGAUGAAUUUGUUCGUUGAUAAUUGAGACUUGUGCUCGUACUUCCGAGGGUCUGGUUUCGAUUGUCCAAUGUCAAAUUGUCAAAUUGUAGCGCUAUAAAACGUACACAGCGACACGUGCCAUUUGGAAACACAUGCAAGACAUGUUUGUUUGGUCAUUAAAACACGACUAACAUAGAACGUUAGAGUGUUGGUAGGAAAAGUUGCGGAUUUGCUCGACGGCGGCGAUUUAUUGCGCGCAUGCCGGAAACGGCGGCUAAUUUUACGCUCACACCACCCACGCUUACAUUUUGUCGUUCCUCGCCAACGACAACCAGUUUAACACCAGUAGAGUAGCGAAACAGUUGAAAAAAUCAAACAGCGUCCUAGUAAACCAACGUAAUAAUUGAUUGCUGAAAGCCAGAUAUCAGCAGGCCCAGAGCUAUGAUGUGGAUGUCUACUUGUAAAGAAAGUUAGGAAAACAAAUUGUACUUGUGGUUGACUUUCGCUGUAUCAUUUAUAGAAUUAAACUACUGAUUUUUAACAUGGACUAUAAUUUAUCCAAUCUUGUAAAGUUGUAUACAUGUAAAAGUUCUUUGUAAAUUAUAGAAAUUUUCGGUUUAUUAUGAAUUAUGUACAUAUGAUUUGAUUGAAAAUUUUCCAAUUAGCUAAUCUAAGCAAAUCUUGUGCAGAAGUACAUCUAUUUCAUAAAUUGUAUUAUAUUUAUCAUGUCUUUAUAAUAUACAAAUGAAUCGCAAAA